AUGGACACAGCGACAUUGUCAUGGAAAGGAGAACUUGUUGAGUACAGUAAGAUUCUUGGACUCAUGAAAAUCAUUGAUCUCUCUUGCAAUCACUUAACAGGAGAAAUCCCAACCAGCUUAUCAUCCUUGAGUUUUCUCAGUGUCUUGAACUUGUCCUUCAACAACUUAUUGAGGAAAAUUCCAAUUGGUACCCAACUUCAAUCCUUCAAUGCUUCUAGUUAUACAGGAAAUGGGGGCCUCUAUGGCUUGCCAUUGACAAAAGUAUGUCCAAAUCCAAGUCCAUCCAAUAAUAUUGAUGCAAGUGACGGAAAUGAUAAGCUCGUCAACUUGGGGUUUUAUGUGAGCAUGGCUUUUGGAUUCAUUGUUGGAUUUUGGGGAGUUUGUGGAACCUUAGUUCUCAAAAAUUCUUGGAGACAUUCCUUUUUUUGCUUUUUUGAAGGCAUGAAUGACUGGAUUUAUGUUCACUUUAAUGUCUUGAAGGCAAAGAUAAACAGAGGAUUCCAAGACUAA